AUCUGCCUUCUCCCUGCUCCUGGGCUCGCGUUUGCUUGGAUAACGAGAGCAUCUGGGCAGCUCGCAGCACUUCUGGGGUGUGAGGACGGGUUCUGGGAGGCGCUUGACCAUCCCAAAAUGAGUGGACACCACGGUGGCCGAGCCAGGGACAGGACAGCAGGGGCUCGGCCGGUGACUCUGAGCCACCUGGCGAGGUGGAAUCUCCCCGCCCACGGCAGGGCUGGGAUCUGUCUGAUUUCCCCGCCUCACACCACUCCAGAAUUCCCUGAUUUCCCGCAGGCCCGGCUCCGGCGGGGCGCGCACCCCCAGGGCCGGCUCCGCAGCAGCGCACGAGUUAAACCGCGCGGCGCAGCAGCUCCCCCCGCUCUCCCCACGCCUCCUCCCGCCCCCGGCAGCGCGGCACGGAAGGGGUUAGCACCGGGCAGGGCUCGGGGAGCCGGGCAGGCUCGCUGGGCGCCGGGCAGUGCGGCAGAGCAGCCUCCGGGAGGAAGCGGGAGCAUCCCGCUCUUCCGGCCGCGCUAAUGGCCGGGCGCGGGGCAGCCGCAUCGCUGCGAGGGGCUGCCGCCCUCCCGGCUGCCUCUCUCCCCAGAUGCACUCCCCGCCUCCCCUCCCCUCGCCCCUUUUUGUGCGAGCGCUUUCUCGGGCGAUUUUCCACGCUCCGCUGAUCGCUCGCCGCGACCCGCGCGAGGUUUCGCUGCCUCGUGAAGAUUUAUGGGACUGCAGUAAUAAACUGGGCUCGAGGCGUUCCUCUGGAUGAUAAACCCCGCUGCGAGAGGGGGGAUCCCAGCCGGAUCCCGCAGCCGCUCCUGUUUUUGGGGGCCUUUCCCUGCCCUGUCUCUCUGCCAGCGCCGUGCCUGAAGAUUUCCACCCGAACCGGUGCCUCCGGUGCCGCUGUUUUCCCGGGAAGGACGCGAUGGCCGUGCCCUGCUAGCAGCCCGGGGCUCCGGCCCCGGCACGGGUGACACCUCUGCUGGCAGGUGGGCGCGAUGGGUGGAUGAAUCGGCAAAGAGAACCGCGUUCCCUCAACCUCCCUCUGCUCGGAGAGGGGCUGGCCAGGAUCUACCGCGGCAUCCUGGCCGUCGUGGGAGCGCUGCGCCCGGCCAAGGAGCCGCCCGCAGCCCCCGCCGAGCGGAGCGCUGCCCCCGCCGCGCCCCCGGAGCCGCGGCCCGGCCGCCGUGGGAGCCGCGCUGCGGCCGCGGAUCCCGACAGGACGAGCUCGCACAUGAUCUCCGCGGACGAUGCCGAGUACCCGCGCGAGUACCGCACCCUGGGCAACGGCACCCGGCGCUUCUCCAACGUGGGGCUGGUGCACACCUCGGAGCGCCGGCACACCGUGAUCGCCGCGCAGAGCCUGGAGGCGCUCACCGGCCUCCAGAAGACGGAGAUGGAGCGCAAGAGGGACGCCUUCAUGGACCACCUGAAGAGCAAAUACCCGCAGCACGCCCUGGCGCUGCGCGGGCAGCAGGAGCGCCUGCGGGACCAGCAACCCAACUACUGGAGCUUUAAGACCAGGAGCUCCCGGCACUCCCAGGGCUCCCAGCCUGGCCUGGCCGACCAAGCCAAGCUCUCCUUCGCCUCGGCCGAAUCCCUGGAGACCAUGUCGGAGGCGGAGCUGCCGCUGGCCUUCAACAGGAUGAACCGGUUCCGGCAGAGCCUGCCCCUGUCCCGCUCGGCCAGCCAGACCAAGCUGCGCUCCCCAGGGGUGCUGUUCCUGCAGUUUGGGGACGAGACGCGGCGGGUGCACAUCACGCACGAGAUCAGCAGCAUGGACACCCUGCACGCCCUCAUCGUGCACAUGUUCCCGCAGAAGCUCACCAUGGGCAUGCUCAAGUCCCCCAACACCGCCAUCCUCAUCAAGGACGAGUCCCGGAACGUCUUCUACGAGCUGGAGGAUGUCCGAGACAUCCAGGACAGAAGCAUCAUUAAAAUCUACCGGAAAGAGCCGCUCUACGCCUCAUUCCCAGCCUCACACAUCACCAACGGCGACCUGAGGCGGGACAUGGUCUACACCUCCCGGGAAUCCUCUCCCACCCGCCGGCUCAACAACAUCUCCCCAGCCUCCCACCUGGCCUCCGGCUCCCCGCCGCCCGUGCUGCAGUCCUCGUCGCCGUCGCGCUCCCGCAUGUCCUACAGCGGCGGCCGCCCGCCCUCGUACGCCGGCAGCCCCGUCCACCACGGCGAGCGCCUGUCCAGCCUGCCCCCCGCCCAGGGCGUGUCCCCCAGCCCCAGCGCCAUCCUGGAGCGCCGCGACGUCAAACCGGACGAGGACCUGGCGGGCAAGAACGUGGUGCUGGUGAAGAACGAGGGGCUCUACGCCGAUCCCUACGGGAUGGUGCACGAGGGCCGGCUCAGCAUCACCUCCACGCAGUCGCUGGCGGGCAUGGGGGACCCCUUUGGCUACUCGGGGGGGCUCUACAAGCGGGGCUCGGUGCGCUCACUCAGCACCUACUCGGCGGCCGCGCUGCAGACGGAGCUGGAGGACAGUUUGUACAAGCCCAACGCGCCCAUCUACAGCGACACGUACGGCCCCGGGCUGGGCUUCCGCAUGCCGCCCUCGUCCCCGCAGAAGAUGGUGGAGCCCGGGCAGAGCCCGCACAGCCCCUACUCGGGCCCGCCCAGCCGCUCCUCGCCUGUCCGUCAGUCCUUCCGCAAGGAUUCCUGCUCCUCCGUCUUCAUGGACAGCCCCGUGGGCAAAACGCGCAACCCCAGCUCGUCCGGGCCCCCCGAGCUGUUCCCCGGCCCCGGGGAGCGGCCGCUCUCGGGCUUCGGAUCACCUGGAGCGGCCAAGGACACGGAGACCAGGGAGCGCAUGGAGGCCAUGGAGAAGCAGAUCGCCAGCCUGACGGGGCUGGUGCAGAGCGCGCUGCUCCGCGGCUCCGAGGCCGAGACCCCCAGCGAGAAGACAGAAGCCACCAACGGCGGGACCCCCCCGUCAGCGUCCACCAGCCGCAGUGGCAUGGGCACCCCGGUGCCCGCGCCGCCACCGCCCUCGGCCACCAGCACCCCGGCGGGGCAGCCCACGGCCAUCACCCGCCUGCACAUGCAGCUGCACCUGCACGACCUGCAGCAGAACGCCAGCGACCUCCGCAACCAGCUGCAGCAGCUCAAGAAGCUGCAGCUGCAGAACCAGGAGACGGUGAAGUCGCUGCUGCGGCGGACGGAGACGGAGCUGAGCGUGCGGGUGACGGACACGAUGCGCAAGCACGAGGACCCUCUGCAGCGCCAGCGCAGCUUGGUGGAGGAGGAGCGGCUGCGCUACCUCAACGAGGAGGAGCUCAUCAGCCAGCAGCUCAACGACCUGGAGAAGUCCGUGGAGAAGAUCCAGAAGGAUCUGGCCCACAACCAGCGGCUGGUGCCGGCGCAGGAGCUGGAGGAAAAGGCCGUGGUGCUCAAGCAGCUGGGGGAGACCCUGACGGACCUGAAGGCCCAGUUCCCCGGCCUGCAGAGCAAGAUGCGCGUGGUGCUGCGGGUGGAGGUGGAGGCCGUCAAGUUCCUCAAGGAGGAGCCCAACCGCCUGGACGGGCUCCUCAAGCGCUGCAAGACCGUCACCGACACGCUGGCCCAGAUCCGCAGACAAGUGGACGAGGGCGUGUGGAGCUCGCCCAGCAGCCUGAGCCAGUCGCCCAAGAAGGUGGCCCCGGAGACGGAUUUCGGCAAGGGGCUGGAGCUGGAGAUGCCCACCAGCCCUCCCGUGAGCCUGCACCACCUGACGGGCACCCCCGAGCCCCUGGGCAUGCCCGGCUUCGCCCCCCAGCCCCAGAGCCACCCCGGCAAGAGCAAUAACCCCUCGCGAGCCCCCGAGAUGGUGGCGGCCAAGACGCAGACGGGGCCCGAGACCCCCAGCAAGAAGAGCGCGGACAAAGCGGUGUCCGUGGAGGCGGCCGAGCGCGACUGGGAGGAGAAGCGGGCGGCGCUCACCCAGUACAGCGCCAAGGACAUCAACCGGCUCCUGGAGGAGACCCAGGCCGAGCUCAUGAAGGCCAUCCCCGACCUGGAAUUCGCCGCCAAGCACAAACAAACCCCGGGCAGCGGCAGCGCCGCCUCCACGCCCGAGCACAAACCCUCCAAGGCACAGCACACCCCCAAAUCGGGGGGCAAGGGGGACCCCAACGGCCGCCGGGGCUCAGACGAGCUGACGGUGCCGCGGUACCGCACCGAGAAACCCUCCAAGUCGCCGCCGCCUCCCCCGCCCCGCCGCAGCUUCCCCUCGUCGCACGGGCUGACCACGACCCGCAGCGGCGAGGUCAUUGUCACCAGCAAGAAGGAGCCCGGCUUUAUCAAGAAGGCGGAGUCGGAGGAGCUGGAGACGCCGAAGCCGCAGGUGAAGCUGAGGCGGGCGGUGUCCGAGGUGGUCCGGCCCGCCUCCACGCCGCCCAUCAUCGCCUCGGCCGUCAAGGACGACGACGACGAGGAUCGGAUCAUCGCCGAGCUGGAGGUGUUUCAGCGGAGCUCUGCCUCCCCCUUGCUCCCCGAGCCCCGCUGUGACCCCCUCGAGGCUGUGUCCCCCGGCCACCCCGAGCCGUGGCCCCGCGGAGCUGAAGGAUGGAAGGAGCCGCUGGCGCCGGCAGCCCCGGCCGGCCGGGCGUUCUCCCUGCCCCAGAUCGUGCUCACCGAGUGGGUGUCGGAGCCGCCGUCCCCCGAGGCCGAGCCGGAGCCGUGGGUGGCACCGGGCAGCGCGGCAGCACGAGGGCAGCUGCCACCCGAGGGGACAAGGGGAGGCCGUGCGGCGGCUCCUGGCAGCCCUCCAGAGUCCCCGCUGGCACAGGAAGCCCCUCCAGCCCCGCAGCCCCCCGGCAGCGCAUCCCGGGCGUUUCCCCCGGCAGCCCCGCCUUUCCCGAGGGAUAAAACGGGGGCACAAAGAGGCGACGCGGCUCUGGGCCCUGCCAGCAGGCCAGGAGGCGGCGACAAGGCUUGUCCCCAAAGUGCCGUGGCUGCGCAGCCUCCUCGGAGCCGCGGGGCCGGUGCCGGAGCUGCGGCGGCCGCGCUGCCCUCCGUGGGUGCCGGGAUCAUUCCCCAAAUUCCCGCUGGCCAUGGGGACCCCCAAAGAGGAGCCAGGCUGGCUCCGGGACACUCGGCUGGGGCUCCCAAAGCCGCGUGGAGGGAGGAGAGCCCGGGGGCGCAUCCCGGGGACCCCGCCCCGAGGGCAGCGGGGCCUUCCCGGGAGGAGCAGCCGCGCCCGGAGCGGAUCCCGGCCCGCCCCAGCCCCGCCGCGGCACCUCCGGGAUGGGACCGAGGGGCUCCGGCUGCCGGGGGCGACCCCGGAGCGCUCUGCAGAGGCCGCUUGUCCCCCGCGGCCCCGGGCAAGAAGGAGAUUUACGAGGACACCUACCAGAGACUGGACAGCCUGGAGGAAACCAUCCGCGAGCUGGAGAUGACCAUCAGCGAGAUCAGCAGCCACCCCGCCGUGGAAUUCGCGUUCCCCAAGGGCGCGCUGGGAUCCCAGGAGGCCGCCAGGAGCCUGGGGGACCUCGGGCACGGAGGCUGCGACGGUGACACCGCGCUGGACCUCAGCCAGGCCCGGGACGGCGCUGCCAAGAGCCCCUCGGCGAGCAGGACCAAGCCAGCGCUGCUGCCCAAGCCGCAGCUGCCCCCCGGCACGCCCCAGAGCGGUGGCGUCUCCAUCCCGGCCAUGAAGGUGGUGAACCCGGCGUCGCGGCUGAAGCAGGGCCAGCAGGGCAGCCCCGACAAGGGCAAGCACAUCAAGCAGCGCAUGGAGUACAUGCGGAUCCAGGGCCAGCAGCAGAGCUCUCAGAGCUUCCCCCCACCAGCGUCCAGCCAGGAGCAGCUUCCAGCUCCCGCCGCGCGGAAAAUCGGGAAGCAGCGACCCCGGGAGCGACCCCCGGAGCGACCCCCGAGCGCCCCGGCAGCGGCCGCGUUGUCCCCGCAGGAGGAGAGGACAGCUCCGGCCAGGGCUCGCCGGUGGGUGGCGGGCGGCGCCGAGGGCUCGGCGACAUCCCGGGGCUCGGGGACAUCCCGGGGCUCGGGGACAUCCCGGGACUCGGGAACAUCCCGGGACUCGGCGACAUCCCGGGGCGCCGCCGCCGCCGCGUCCCCUCCAGGGGGGCCGGGGGGUCCCCGCGAGUGCCGCAGGGGCCGCAGGGCGCGGGUGUGAAUUGAGGAGGGGUCCGUGAGCGAGCGGCCGGGGGGGCGCGGUGAUGCCGGGGGGGUCACCCGGCCGCGGCUCCGUCCCCUCCCGGUGGGGACGAGCGGGCGGGGCGGGACCCGGAGCCCCGGGGGAGCAGCCCCGGCCCGGCCAGCCUGGGGGGAGAGGGGCCGCGGGUGCGCCCAGGUGUGCCCAGGUGUGCCCAGGUGUGCCCAGGUGUGCCCAGGUGUGCUCCAGGUGUGGCCACGUGUACCCAUAUGUACCCCAGGUGUGCCCAGCUGUGCCCAGGUGUGUGUGUGCGUGUGCUCUGCGUGUGCAGCACGAGAUCCAGUCACUCCUUCCGUUCUCUGUUUCGUCCUUGGGUUGAUUAUUUUCGGGGUUUUUUUCAAUUUCAAUUCCUUUUUUCUUCCUUUUCCCCCCUCCUCUGAUUUUUUUGUUCUGUUUUUUUUUUAAUUUUUUUUGAUUUUUGUAUCUCGAUCAUUUUUGUACAGAAGAAACGAGAGCCUUUUUUUGAAUAACAAAGAGAAAACACACACAAAAAAGAACAAAAACCAAAUAAAAAAAAAAGACCAAAAAAAAGAAAGGAAAAAAAAGAAAAAAAAUCAUGAUGCAAUUUCUUUGGAUUGCAAAAAAAGCAACUCUUUACAUUUAAGUGAAGUGUCUUAACAUUUUAUAUUGUUUUAAAAAAUAUAUUUACAUAUUAUAUAUAUAUAAUAUACGUAAUAUAAAUCUAUAUAUAAAUAUUUAAAGAGGGGAAAAAAACCUAAAAAAAAAAAAAACUAAAAAAAAAAAGGAAAAAGAAGAGAAAUAAAUAAAUCACGUCCGGUAUUAUUUAGGGGGUGGAUUUAAAAUCCCUGCUUAGGUUUAGAGCUCCUGUGGUUCCCAGGGCGGCUUCGUCGCCCUCGCGCUGAGUCCCCGCCCUCUCUCCUUGUCCCCAGCUGUCCCCAGCCGUCCCCAGGUGGCCCCAGGUGGCCCCGGGGACCCCGCCCGUCCCCCCGUGCCCGCAGCAAUAGCAGCCCCUGACGCGUUUGGAAUUUCGUUUUUAAUUCAUUUCUGUUCUCGGCACCAAAGUGAAUUCUCUGUAGCAAAGCCGCAGCUCCGGGGCCGGGCGGGUGGUGGCACCUGGCGCUGUCCCCUCCCCUGCCCCGCGCUGUCACCUUCUGUCACCUUGUGUCACCCGAGGGGGGCGCGGUGACAGCUCCCGAGCUCUGCUGGCUGGAGGCGACAAUGCCACCCCCGUGGGGACACCCAGACAGAGGCGACAAUGCCACCCCCGUGGGGACACCCAGACAGAGGCGACAAUGCCACCCCCGUGGGGACACCCAGACAAUGCCAUCCUCCUCCAUGACACCCUCAAAAAUGUCACGGGAAGUGACAAUUGCCACCCUUGUGGUGACACGCACAGAAAUGACGCGAGGAGGUGACAAUUGCCACCCUCUAUGGAGACACCCCCAAAAAUGACGCUGGAGGGGGCUGUCCUGAGUGUCCCCACCCCGGUGUCCCCAAGCUGUCACCGAUUUUGGGGUGACACUUUUCCCACUCUGUCCCCAGCCCGGUGUCCCUCAGGGAGGUGACAGUGACAAACCAGGCGGUGGCACCGCCGGGUGAGGGGGCGGCAGGUCCCAAGCUGUCCCCAACCCCCCCCGUGUCCCCUUUUCCCGGCUGUGUCCCCGCGUGCGUGUGCGUCCGUCCCCUUCAUGGCAUCGCGCAAAUCCCUCGCUGAAGCAAGAAGACAACAACAAAAAAAACCAAAAAAAAAAUCAAAACUAACAACAAAACAACUCCUGGUUCAGACCGGGAAAAAAUAUUUUAAAAAUUAUUUAAAAAAAAAGAGGAAAAUGUGUAAAAAUGCCAAAAAAAGCCCAAAGCCAAGCGCUGCCUGCAUCGUGCAUGUGCCGGAGGCGCCCGCUGCAUGCGCUCCCCGCUUUACUCGUCUGGAUGUUGUUUCAAAACAAACAAACAAACAAAAAGGCUACGACUCUGAAAAGGACAAAAUAAAAAGGACGAACUGAGCAGAAAAAGCGAAAAAAACGCCAAAAAAAAAAGAAAAACAAGGAAUUUCUGGUUCUCCUUAGAGGCUGUUUUGGGUUUCCUGACCGUCGUGUGUCUCUCUCUCUCUCUCUCUCUUCCGCAUGAAUUUUCUCGUGAACUGUUUUAAAAAGGAAAAAUAAAAGGAACAAAAAGUACAAAAAAAAAAGAGUUGAAAAAUGGAGGGAAAAAAAAAAGAAAAAAAUGAAGAAAAAUGUAAAAAAAAAAAAAAAGCCUCGCACAGGGGGAAAGCGGGGGAGGGGAGGGAGGGGACGCCCCCACCCUGUGCCACCCCCCCGCUGUGUCCCCGUGUCACCGUGGAUGCCAUGGGUAGUUGUGUGUGACCGUUGUAAUUCCCGUGACAAAAGGGUUGCUUUUUAUUAUUUUCCUUUUUCCCUUUAUAAUUUUUCUUUUCUAUCAGAGUGUCUGGCUUUAAUAAAAUUACCUUUUUUUU